GCUCCGGGGAACGAACGGCCCCUCCGGUGAACUCCCCCCGCCGGUGUACAGCCCCUCCGGUGACCUCCCCGCUCCGGUGAACGAACGGCCCCUGCGGUGUACGGACGGUCCCCGCCGGUGAACGGCCCCCACCAGCUCCGUGCGCGCCCGCUCCGUGCCCCGGCAGGGAGAAGAAGCCUCAAGCCCCUCAACCCCAUGCAGCAACCAGACCCUCAGCGCCGAAUCACACCGGCGUGAGGGAGUUUCAGCCCCAUCAGUAGCCACUGCCAAUCUGGACACUGCUCCCCAACAGCUACCCAGCAGCAAGAUUUGCUGGCAAAAUCAGCAGGUAAAGGUCCAAAACCUCCCAAAAUCCAACAAACUGGAUAAAAAUCCCAGUGAUAAAUCCCUGGGAACUGUGAAACCCAUCCUUGCAGUUAGAAAAUGGGGCAGGAAGCUCCUUGGGCAAGGGGAAAAAUAGAGAAAUCUUUAAUUAAGCAGCAAUUUGAUGAUCACCUGGGAGCCCUUUACCUUGUGUAGGCUGAUAUGUGUGGAAGCACCAGCCAAACUGAAUUUGGGCUCCAGCAUGAGAACAUCUCAAAAAGGGCUUUUGACCACCUGUAUCUUUGGCCAGUUUCCCCUUUUCCUGUAGUUACAAGACCUGGGAAAAUGUGAUAUAUACAGAUAUUAUUUUUUGUGCUUUCAGUCAUAGUAAUUUAUUUCUUUUGAUCAGGAGCUGUUGUUCCUUCCCCCCCAGGAAUGAUUUAAUGACAUUUUCCUGUGCAGCCACAGAACCAGUUUUGAACUGAGGAGGAAAAAAAACCUCUGGGACGGCGGCGGAAAAAUGCUCUGCCGGGACAGAGAAAGGAGGAAGUAAAUAAUGAAAACAAGAGAAAUUGGAAAAAACGAGGCAGCAGGCGGGGAGAGGAUGUGGGAAUCUCUGAGCACGAUGCUUCGGGGGCCAGGACUGCCCCUGAGGAUGCUUUGGGGGCCAGGACUGCCCCUGAGGAUGCUUCCCGGAGCUGAGCUGGGCGUUAUCCCGGCGUCCUGGCCAGCCUAUUUUCCAGGGUGCAACGUAGAGAACGCCUGCUACAGCCUGGGGGUGUGUGCCGAGCGCACUGCCAUCCAAAAAGCCAUCUCCGAGGGGCACACCAGCUUCAAAGCCAUGGCCAUCGCCAGUGACAUGGGGGACCAAUUCAUCACGCCCUGUGGUGCCUGCAGACAAGUGAUGAGAGAGUUUGGCACAGACUGGGAUGUCUACCUGACCAAAGCAGAUGGCACCUACAUUGUCAAGAGGCUGGAGGAGCUGCUGCCGCUCUCCUUUGGCCCUGAGGACCUGAAGAGGGUCUGAGCAGCAUGGCCACCACCAGCCUUUGCCCUUAGGCACAGGGGACAAUGGUUUUCCCCAAUUUCCUCAGCCUGUAAGCAACUUUUUGGAAAUAACACAGGGGGAAAUGUGUUUAUACUGUUAAGUUGCCUGUUCCUCUGGCUCAUCUUCUAAUUCAGUGUUGAUUUGCAGACUGCAGCUCCACCUUGCCCCAAGGAAAUGGAAAAAUCAAAUAAUAGAAAUUCCCUGUUAUUAGUAAAAAAAGCAUCCAGACAUCCCUGUAGGCAAGGGAGGGCAUGGGUUUGAUGCACAGCUCAAACAGGCUUUGGUACAGAAACCACUCCUGAAUAAUGCAAAAUAAUUGCUUGGGAAAGUGCUGGAUCCUUCAGCUCUAAAGAGAAGCGAAAGCAAGAAGGAAAAGGUCCAUCAACCCAGAAGUAAUUAGUAAUUAAUAAACCAAUCCAGAUUAGCUGGAUUGCUGGAACAGGAUGUUUAUCACACUGAGCGUGUCCUUUGCUCGUUUCUCCUCAGCUUGUUUUUCUUGCUUUUAUUCUUUUUGGGGUGAAGAAGAGGACAAGGUGUUUUUGGGGACUUCUGGAGGGUUUUGUGCCUCCAGGGUAAUGCCACUUGUUGAUCAAUAUUAUAUUGAUUUAUAAUACAAUGAUAAAUGAAUUUGUUACAUUUCCCAACCAGUGCUGGGUUGGGCAUUUCUGCCAUACCCAAGUGAAAUAAAAGCACUUCUGGUUUA